AUGAUGAGUCGUAUCUCAUUUCAGAGGAUUCAUUAGAAAGAAAGAAUGUGAAAUCUGUUGGCACAUUCGUUAUGCACUGGUUCGCUCGGUGAUUCGGCUUUAGUACGAGUCUAUUGGCCGACUGAUAAAUGCCCUUUACUUCGUGACGAUGUGGUUUUGGUCGAUUCUCCAGGAAUCGAUGUAUCACCGAAUUUGGACUCGUGGAUUGACCGACAUUGUCUGGACGCAGAUGUGUUUGUAUUAGUCGCAAAUUCGGAAUCAACUUUGAUGUUAACGGAGAAGAAUUUCUUCUUCAAAGUUUCCGCCAGAUUAUCGAAACCGAACGUUUUCGUGUUGAAUAACCGUUGGGACGCCUCGGCGUCAGAACCCGAGUAUCUUGAAGAGGUAAGAAGGCAGCAUAUGUUACGUACCGUAGAUUUCUUAGUUGACGAGUUAAAAGUCUGUGGAACUCGAACGGAAGCGGAGCAAAGAGUUUUCUUUGUAUCGGCGAAAGAAGUUCUCCAAGCUAGAACAAACGAGUUUAAAGGAUUACCGCUAAAUACUGGGAUAGUUACCGAUGGAUUUCAUGGACGUUACUUUGAGUUUCAAGAUUUCGAGAGGAAGUUUGAAGAAUGCAUUUCGAAAUCAGCAGUUAGAACCAAAUUUGAUCAGCAUACGAAACGAGGCAAAGCGGUUGUUGGUGAUGCGCGCAACGUCAUGGAAGUGCUUUUGGAACGUGCCAGUGCCAAGAGAGCUGCCAAGAGUCAGAGCCGUCGUGAAGUUUUGGAUCAUCUCGAUUUUACUGAAAAGCAGCUUCAGCUAGUUACUGUGGAGAUGAAAGACAAAAUCUGCAAAAUGGUUGAAGAAGUCGAGCACAAAGUUUCAAAAGCGCUGAACGAUGAAAUCCGCCGUCUCUCAGUGUUGGUUGAUGAAUUUCACGCUCCCUUUCACUCCGAAUCUCUUGUACUACAAGUGUACAAAAAAGAACUCCAUAAUCAUGUUGAAGCUUGUCUGGGAAGUAAUCUCAGAGCCAGACUUUCCACUGCUCUAGCAUUGAAUAUGGAUCAAUCACAAAAGGAAAUGAUUGAGAGAGUUACAUCUAUGCUACCUUCCGAGAAGAAACAACUUGGGCUAGGAAUGAUACCUCGUCGCGAACCUUUCGAGGUUCUUUAUCGACUCAACUGCGACAAUUUGUGUGCAGAUUUCUCCGAAGAUAUUGAAUUCCGCUUCUCGUUUGGCAUCACGUCCAUGAUCCAACGCUUUACGGGCAAGGGUAAAAUCGCUCCAUGGGUGAUGAAUAACUACACAGAAUCGAUUCCACGUUCCAUUGGAAGUCAUCAUAGCCAACCCGGGCAGCUAAUACCACAAGGCGCUGAAGAUUGGUCAAUGCUUUCACGUAUUGCAAUCGCCUCAGUCACUUCACAAGGGACAAUGGGAGGACUGCUAGUUGCAGGAUUUUUGAUGAAAACUGUAGGCUGGCGAUUGAUAUUCGCUUCGGGUGUGAUUUAUGGCGGUCUUUACCUGUACGAGCGACUUACGUGGACCAACAAAGCCAAGGAACGUGCAUUCAAAAGACAGUACGUCGACCAUGCCACUCGAAAAUUGCGCCUUAUUGUAGACUUGACAUCCGCCAAUUGUAGUCAUCAAGUACAACAGUUGUUGGUUGGAGCUCCUAGAGCCAAUUCCACUUUCCCUAGUCUUGCAAACAUAACAGAACCAGGUCAAGUCUAUCGAUGUGUUCUCGGGAAGCCUGACCGUGAUCAGUGCCAACCAUUGAUCAUCGAACGUGAAGCGUCACAGAACAAUCGCGACAAAUUUUACAGGGAUCGAAAGGAUUACGGAUGGUUAGGUGGUGCCAUGUCCGUCAACAGUCCGUCAACUGGCCGCGUAGCUAUUUGCGGAUAUCGCUGGUCAAACAGACGACUGUCCACCGAACAUUACAUGAACGGUGUCUGUUACUGGAGUGGUCAUCAAGUGUCGGAGACAGAGGAUUUUGUCAAAGUUCUGCCCAUUGUUGCACAAGAUCAGCAAGUGACUGGAACCGAUAGAAAUGGCACAUAUAACUAUGCUUACGGACAAUCUGGUUUCUCCGUUCACAUGGUGCAAAAACAGGAUCAAUCAGAAGAAAUGAUUAUUGGAGCUCCUGGAGUUUUUAAAUGGACCGGAGCUGUCGUUCGUGUCAGUGAUUACCUUCCAAACAGUCCUUCCGGUGUGCCUAGCCGGAAAAAACGGCAGGAUAAACAAGACAUCAUCGAAUUUGGCGAGACAACAGUAUCAGCCUCUGCCAAGAUAAGCCGACUGGAGCCCAAUGAUUAUUUCGGUUAUUCGGUUCAUUCUGGAAUCUUUUUCAACGAUGGGAAGUUGCUGUACGUCUCGGGAGCACCGCGGGCUGCUCAAAUGCAGGGCAAAGUGUUGAUAUUCGAUUUUCUUCAUAGUGGUAAAGAUUCCCAGCUUAAAAUUCAUUUAGAAUUAAAUGGUACUCAAUUGGGUGAGUAUUUCGGUGCUUCCGUUCUGGCGGUUGAUUUGACUGGGGAUGGAAAGUCCGAGUUACUUGUAGGUGCUCCGCAGCACAGCCUCCGACCCGAAAUGGCGGAUCGAACUGGAGACGAAGGAAAAGUUUAUUUCUAUCUUAAUCGAAACGGUAAUUUGCAGAAACCACAAGCUCUGUACGGCAGUAAAGCUAGGGAUGCCCGCUUCGGUACAGCAAUGGCGUCUGUGGGUGACAUCAAUCUCGAUGGAUUCAAUGAUGUCGUAAUUGGAGCUCCUUAUGAGAAUGACAGGGGAGCUGUUUACCUUUAUCUUGGUGGGAUGAACGAUAUUCGUCUUCAUCCGGAAACCGGAUAUUGGCAACGAAUUGCUGCCGCGGACUUUGUGUUCCCAUUAAAUAACCUUAGAGGAUUCGGUAUCAGCCUUGUCGCGGCAGACAUGGACGGUAACAGUUACCCAGAUCUUGCGGUGGGCAGUUUUCUUUCCGGCCACGCGCUGGUGUUCCGCUCAAGUCCUGUAAUUCAACUCGCUUUGACAAUGAAAGUCAAUAACGGCGGAUUGAUUGAUCCGGAUGGAGGGUCUGUGAUGCUAAGUGUUUGCUCCUCUUUCGAAUCCAAGUUCAGCGUUCCAGAGAUCUGUACUGCAAUUGUAAAUUAGAUCUGUUGCGCGUUCAAAUUUGAGUUGUUUAUCAUAGGUGUUGGCUACACGUUUCAUUUUGAUGCCGAGUAUAUCAACCAGCCCCGAUUGAUUUUAGAUGUGGAUGGUAACCAACAACAACCGUUUAACUAUACUGGUAUCUUGUCUUCUGGAUCUCCAUCUUGUCGGAAAUUUAAACUCACCGUAGCGAACACGCCUUAUUACAGUCAAGACUUUUCGCGGCCGGCAAUCUUUCGCUUGACGGCAAUGUUAUUGAAAAAUGUCCGCCCUUUGAAUAAUACGUGUCGUCCAAUGACGGAUCAGUCCUUGACGAAAGAUCCAGCUGGAUCGAUGCGCGUCCUCAUUGCCGGCGGGGCUGGCAGCAGGAACAACGAAAAGGAUACGUUCUGUGCUACUUGUCCUGUUGUGGAUGAAACGCAAAAAAGUUACGUCGAGAAUUCUGCCGCUUUUACUUCUGAGUGUGGCUCCGACAACAUCUGCCAAGAAGACUUGGAUAUCGAGGCGAAUUUCAUUUCCGAUAGCAAGGAGUUUGUAGUCGGAUCAAGAAAGACGCUUUCAUUUGAAGUGAGAUUAGUAAAUCAUGGAGAGCCUUCUUAUCUAACGACGAUAGAGAUCCAGCUGCCCAUCUACACCAAUCUGAAACGCACUCCAGCUGAUUUGUGUCAAAAGCCGAGUAUUGGCUUUUCGGACGAAUUGAUCUAUUCCUGUCAAUUGCGUGUGAAUCCACUUAAACGGGCCAAAACUGAAAAGAUGGAGUUUGAAAUAGACAUGACAUCGAUUCCAAGUGGUGGAAAUAAUGAUUUGACGGUUCUCAUCGAGGCUAGGAUGAAUACGGCUGCAGCCAUGGGCCGGCGACCACGAUUCAAUUUGACGAUACCAUUGAAAACUGCCAUUGAUGUGGAAAUCAUGGGCAAUUCGAUUGAGGAACAGCAAACUUACCAGCGGCCCAACGACACAACAACUGUGACAAUAGUGAAAGAGCGUCUCACUUUCAAGCAUCUCUACGAGGUGAGAAAUGUUCUGCCAAGUGCUGCCAAGGUAGAAAUAGAAGUUCUUGUUCCUGUGAGCGUUUUAAGUAGGCAAGGAGUGACCUUAUACCUCGUCGAACUUGCAACCACAUCUGUUGACGCAACGCAAAAGGGUGGGCAGAGCAACAGCUUGUGCCAUUUAGACUAUAACUCAGGCCAAUCGAUGGACGUACAAGAAUUCCGCGAAUCCAUUAGUUCCAGCCCAAUUGUUAAAAGUCAACCGGCUUUCAAGUUUGCGCAAGCUAAUCGAACGGCAUUCAUCGAUUGUUUCAACACUAAAAGCGUCAGCUGCGUUAAGUACGUUUGUUCGGUAUUUGGCACGCUCUCGCCCGAAUCGCCUGUUACGGUUUCUUUGACUGGAACUCUUCACCUGCAAAAUAUCUUUUCGUUCGCGGAGAAGAAGGAUGUCUUCAUCUUGUCCAGCGCGGCACGUGUUACCAUUCGACAACCGGCUAAUAUUCAACAGCCCUUCGGUCACAAACCGGAUAUUGCAAUCGCUUCGACGCAUUUCCUUCCACAAGGACCGCCAGGAACGUUAGCUGUUGCUUCAUGGAUCAUUGUCCUAGCUGUUCUUGCUGGCAUUCUUCUUUUAAGUUUAAUGGUCGUCGGAUUGCACAAGAUGGGAUUCUUCAAGCGGCAAAGAUAUCCGCAAGACGCUCUGGUGGACGACGGUGCGACGCCAGGAGACGGGAGUAGCGAUGACAUGGAUAAUGAGCCGCAACCGAACGCAAUGCGUGGAUCGACAGACCACAUUGUCCACACCAAAAGGGUUCGAUUCGAUGAGGAGGUCGUAUUCGUCCACAUUCCCUAGUCGUCAGUGGAAAUGAGCAGCGGCAACAACAGUAGCAGCGAUAAAGAUUUCGGCUGGGAAAACAGCACCAGCGUAGACGAUUUCGUCAUUCCUCAAUUACCGAGUCGCUUCCUCCUGAUUGCGCGAAUCGUUUUUGUCU